AUGCGUAACUUUGCGAUGCUUGUGCUACUAUUUCUUCUUCUCCAUUCUCUGGGCUCGUUUCCCAUCUGCUUUGCUCGGCUAUUUCCUAUGAGCUUGCCAUUCGCCCGAUCAAAAUCGCAUCCAAUGCAUUUUUUUCAUCCUCAUUAUAAUCCAGCUGUUGCUCCUGCAGCUUCACCAGCUUUUGCCCCCAACCCAAGCCGCAUUCCACCACCAAGACACAAGGGUCAUCACCAUCAUCGUCGUUGGCAUUUAAGACGCAACGUGACAGCAGUUUCACCUUCAUCGCAUGACUGUCAACAAACAUGCGUGGAGCCUCUUACUUCAACUCCCUUUGGUUCACCCUGUGGUUGUGUUUUCCCCAUGAAAGUUCAGCUUCUGCUAAGUGUUGCGCCCUUUUCUAUUUUCCCUGUGACCAACGAGUUAGAAAUUGAGGUUGCUGCUGGAACAUACUUGGAACAAAGCCAAGUGAAAAUCAUGGGCGCCAGUGCCGACAGUGAAAACCAAGGGAAAACAGUGGUGGAUAUUAACCUUGUUCCACUUGGAGAGAAAUUCGAUAAUACUACGGCGACACUUAUUUAUCAAAGGUUCCGGCACAAGAAAGUGCCUCUAAAUGAGUCUGUUUUUGGUGAUUAUGAGGUUACACACAUAAGUUAUCCAGGAAUUCCUUCUUCACCAUAUGAAGAUCUUGCAAAUGCGCCAAGUGCAAGUAGUGGAGGGCUUCCAAUCACUGCAAACUUUGCCAACAAAAGCCAGGGAAUAGGAUUUCGAACGAUUGCAAUCAUUGUCUUGUCAGGUUUCGUGCUCGCUCUGGUUUUGGCUGGAGCUAUAUUUAUAAUCAGGAAAUGGAAUACAUUUGGGAAGGCAUCUACUGCUGUUGGCCCAGUAUUGGUUCCAUCCAUUAACAAAAGGCCUGGUGCUGGAUCUAUGUUUUCCAGUAGCGCGAGAAGCUCUGGAUCAGAUUCUUUGAUGUCGUCCAUGGCUACAUGUGCUUUAUCCGUGAAGACGUUCACACUUUCCGAGCUCGAGAAGGCAACUGAUAAAUUCAGUGCCAAGAGGGUUUUGGGCGAGGGAGGAUUUGGUCGUGUUUAUCAGGGCAACAUGGAGGAUGGAACCGAGAUUGCAGUUAAACUGCUAACUAGGGACAACCAGAACCGAGACCGUGAGUUUAUUGCAGAAGUCGAGAUGCUAAGCCGUUUGCACCACCGCAACCUUGUGAAACUGAUUGGGAUAUGCAUUGAAGGCCGUACACGUUGCUUGAUUUACGAGCUCGUCCACAAUGGGAGUGUGGAGUCCCACUUGCACGAAGGAACGCUUGAUUGGGAUGCGCGGUUGAAGAUUGCACUCGGAGCAGCGAGAGGACUGGCCUAUCUCCAUGAAGAUUCAAAUCCCCGAGUAAUCCACCGGGAUUUCAAAGCCAGCAAUGUUCUCCUAGAAGAAGACUUCACCCCAAAAGUCUCAGACUUUGGACUGGCCAGAGAAGCAACCGAAGGAAGUCAACAUAUUUCCACUCGAGUCAUGGGGACCUUUGGGUACGUGGCUCCUGAGUAUGCAAUGACGGGACAUCUCCUUGUUAAAAGCGAUGUCUAUAGUUACGGUGUGGUUCUACUCGAGCUUCUCACCGGUAGAAGACCGGUAGACAUGUCUCAACCUUCGGGAGAAGAAAACCUGGUGACGUGGGCGAGACCGUUACUAGCCAACAGAGAGGGCCUGGAGCAGCUGGUGGACCCCACACUGGCUGGAACCUACGACUUUGAUGACAUGGCGAAAGUGGCUGCGAUAGCUUCCAUGUGCGUGCACCAGGAGGUCUCGCACAGACCGUUCAUGGGUGAAGUAGUGCAGGCACUGAAACUUAUAUACAACGAUGCAGAUGAGACGUGUGGGGACUAUUGUAGCCAGAAGGAGUCUUCGGUCCCGGACUCUGCAGACUUCAAAGGCGACCUGGCUCCCUCGGACAGCAGCUGGUGGAAUUUGACACCCCGGUUAAGGUAUGGUCAAGCGUCUUCGUUCAUAACCAUGGAGUAUAGCUCAGGGCCGCUAGAGGACAUGGAGAACCGGCCUCACUCGGCCUCUAGCAUUCCGAGAGACGGAGGGCUUAUUCUGCCAAACAGAUCGGGUCCGUUAAGGCCCGUCCGUAGUAGAAGAAACUUUUUUAGAUUGAGAGGAAGCAUGAGCGAACACGGUGGACCGUCGUCGUCUAGACAUCUCUGGUCCGGUAAUGGCGACUGGUUCUGA